AUGGGUCUGUUGAAGUUUUGGCCGAAGAUUCACAGCCCGAAAGAGGUAGCAGAACGUGCGCUGUAUUACUGGAACAACGAGUAUGUAAUGUCUUUAAUAGGGGAAAAUGCUACAGUUAUAUUGCCAAUAAUGUUCCCGGCCUUGUACAAAAAUAGCAAGUCUCAUUGGAAUAAAACUAUUCAUGGCUUGAUUUACAAUGCUCUAAAGCUAUUGAUGGAGAUCAAUCAGAAGUUAUUUGAUGAGUGCUCACAGAAUUACGCGAAGGAAAGAUCACUAGAGAAAAUCCGACAAGAAGAAAAGGAGCGAAAGUGGGAAAUGAUCGAGGAAUGUGCUCGGAAAAAUCCCAAGUACUGUGAAAUAAAAGCCGUGUUUGGCGAUGUGAACGGUAUCACCUGUGGCAUGGAGGCAUUAUCGCUGAAGUCAUCUACCUCUAAUGACGACGAUAGCACUGUACAGUUGAAUAAAGAGGAGAUUUUGCGCAAUACGUUGGACAGGGAAAAUGUGGAAAAGGCGAAUCAAAGAGAAGUUGGAUUCACGCAAAAACGCAGUGAACUCCCGCCAGAUAUGCAUACGGAGAAAGCGUUAGAAGAGUAUAAACGGCAUGAUGCCUAUCUACGAAAGUUGGGUAACGCUGAGUGA